AUGACCGCCGUCAUGGUGCAGACCGAAUGCGCUUCGCAAGGCGCAAUAUCCCCACGAUCCAUGCUCAAAUUGGGCUCCCCAGCUGGCAAUGCAGAGACCACGAUAUCUCCAGUCACUGGAGCCGGGAUGGUUUUUGACAUUGCGCCAGAGACGGCUUUACAUCGGCUAUGCGACAAUGUCGAGCAGUUGAAUAAUUACUUCGCGACAAAUCCUGGCAAUACAGACCCGAACUCAUUCGUCUCCACGCCCGUGGAGGGUGAUAUAUCAGGAGAUGAAGGGUCAUCUGUUGGAGCAGUGGGCCUACAUUGCGGAGAUGCGGAAGAUGCGGCUGUUCGGACCCGCGAAGAAACCUUUCAACUGGCACUGCUCUCCAGGAAGUUCCUUUCAAAGAAAAUCCCUCCCAUCUCGAUACGAGACUAUGUACUGCGACUGCAUCGGUAUUGUCCCAUGUCUACAGCCGUGUUACUCGCCGCAAGCCAUUACAUCACCAGAAUGGCGCUUUCAGAGAAGGUCCUUUGCGUGACACCGAAGAAUAUGCACCGGCUUGUCCUCGCGGGCCUUCUUGUGGCUACGAAAGCUCUGGAAGAUCUUAGCUACCCACAUGGCCGAGUCGCUAAAGUGGGCGGAGUCAGUGAACAUGAGCUGUCCAAACUGGAGAUCAGCUUCUGUUUCUUGGCCAACUUUGAUCUGCGCGUGGAUGCGCAGAUGAUGAUGGAGGAAAUAAAAUCUCACAAGAUCACAAAUGAAGAUACAAUCGUAUAA